UAUAAACUCCCCAGGAACCAGCAGGGGCUCAGAUCGCCCCGGACUCUGAGGAUGGCGGUCAUGGCGCCCCGAACCCUCCUCCUGGUGCUCUCGGGGCUCCUGGCCCUGACCGAGACCUGGGCGGGUGAGUGGAGAUCGAGGCCGGGGGAAACCGGAGUCACGGGAGGAGCGAGGGGACCGCCCGGCGGGGGCGGGGGGGCGGAAAUCCAGGGCUGCUCUGAGGAUGACGCUGGGGCUGACGGCUGGGCGGGACUAACGGGGUGUCUGCCUGGGGUCGGUCCAGGCUCUCACACCUUCCAGAGGAUGUACGGCUGCGAUGUGGGUCCUGACCUGGACCUCCUCCGCGGGUACGAGCAGUACGCCUACGACGGCCGGGACUACAUCGCCCUGAACGAGGACCUGCGCUCCUGGACCGCGGCCGACUCAGCCGCGAGGAUCACCCAGCGCAGGCAGGAGGCCGCUGGUGUGGCAGAACAACUUAGGGCCUAUAUGGAGGGCAGGUGCGUGCAGUCGCUGGGCUACUACCUGGAAAACGGGAAAGACACACUGCUGCGCGCAGACCCCCCGAAGGCACAAGUGACCCACCACCCCACCUCUGACCGUGAGGCCACCCUGAAGUGCUGGGCCCUGGGCUUCUACCCUGCGGAGAUCUCCCUGACCUGGCAGCGGGAUGGGGAGGACCAGACCCACGACAUGGAGCUGGUGGAGACCAGGCCUGCAGGGGACGGAACCUUCCAGAAGUGGGCG